AUGUCCGACAUGGUCUCGCACCGUUUGCCCCCUCAAGACGACGAGUCGGUGUCCAGAAUGCCUCCACAAUCACUCAGUGCAUAUAUCCUCUACAUCCUCCCAGCGGAACGGACGGCGAUCGAGAAAGAAGGUCCAAACCCUCAGGAUAUUUCAAAACAGCGACGCUACAUUGGCGUUCUUGGCGGCUUCCUUAUCGAACCUGUCAACGAGAUGGCGCGUAGUUGUAUUUCAGUUGAUAUCGAGAAGUGCGAAGGAUCGUAUGAGCGACUCGUGGACCUUGGUCAGUUCUAUUACGUUCACUAUAUCCGGCAUUUCAAAUCUACCGGGGGACCCACGCCCAGAUCGUCAUCUCAUCCCUCCAGACCGUCGUUCGAUGGACUUGCGAAAGAGAUCGUGCCUCAGCUCAUCCACACCCCGCAGAAUCACUCGCAAGCCAAACAGCUUGCACUCUUCCGUGAUGGAUGCGCUGCGAGUCGGCUUACCCCCACGCACUGUUCACAUAUCAUACCCGAGUCUCUCAAUAAAUUCACGCCCUCCGCUAAUCCCGAGGCGAAGCGUGAAUUGGCGGCGGGCUUCUGGUCGAUCUUGGAACGCUUUGGCUAUCCUGACGCGCUGAAGGAAUUGAACGGGCACAAAUGUCACCGGCUGAGCAAUGUUUUGACGCUCUCCGAAGAGAGUCAUACACUGAUGGACCGCUUGUGCCUUUGGUAUGAAAGCACUGGCGAGCCCAACACUUACAACCUGAAAACGUAUCCACCAGAACUUCGAGCGGGGAAUGGGUGGCCCGCUCAAGUCACGUUCAAAAUUCGCGACGAUCUCGGGAUUCCCGGGCUCCCACGUCCUGAAGAGGACCACUCGGAGUUGCCCAACCCUGACUACCUCGCACUCCACGCCGCUUGUUGCAAAGUCGCGCACUUGUCGGGUGCGGCCGAGCCUCUCGAGGACUCGAUAUUUCAUGACCCCGAGUCGCACCGUGUUCUUGCACAGGACGGUAGUUCGGCAGAUGUCCUCUAUGAAGAACUGUACCGUCUCGUCGAUCCCGUAUAA